CCGAACAGUGGAAAAGAACGUCGGAACGUCGUAUCCGUUUUGUUCGAGCAAAAUCGUGCGUUAAACUGUGCUGAAGCUCAGCGGUAGUGCUUUCUACGUGCUUGCCAACGUUUUCGCUACGGCGACGGGGUGUUUGCAGAGACUGUCGGUGUGCGGAUAAGGCGACUAGUACAUCGCGUAUCCUUCGACAGCACGGGCAACAGGGAGGAAAGGCAGACAACACAGGCAGCAGUAGCAGGCACAGCAGUCAGCGUCUGCCAGUGUGUGCGUGCCCGUCGGUGCGAGUGUAUCUCUGUGUUGUAAUCACAUCGCGUCUGUACGCGCUCUGAUCAAGAAGAUCAGCCAUCGUGACACGCAUAUAACCCGCGGCCGAACAAAAGGCAUAUUGUAGAAGCGAGUGAAAGCGUGGAACGUGAAAUUUCUGCUUUCGUGGAACUCGUGAAAUUACUGUGAACCGUGAUUGUGCUUCGAAACAACCGUGUGCAGUGUACUUUGAAAAAGACGCAAUCACUUCGGGACAAACAGAAACUUUAUAUCCAUUUUACGACCGUCUGUGUGCGCGUAACCAUUGGCUGCACCAGCACUCCACUGUAGAAGGUGGUCUUUCUUUCGUCCCUAAACCAACGGUGGAAGAAACGCAACAAAAUCAUACGCACGCUCAUUGUAAUAUGAGUAAUGCUAUUAACCAAAAUGGUACAGGUCUAGAGCAGCAGUUUGCUGGUCUGGACUUGCAGCAGCAGCAGUUAGGCGGUGGCGGAGGCAUUCAAGAAUCUGGCAACCAAAAAUUCGCUGCCGCGCGCUACAUUCCGCCGCAGAUGCGAGAAUGUUCUGAUGGUGGCGGCGAGUUUCUACCUGAUUCCGGUGCCGGCUCCGGAGCUCUAGGUGGCGGCGGUGGCGGUGGCGGCGGUGGCAGACGCGGUUACGGCGACUCGAAUCGCAAUCGCGGCGGUGGCGACUUCGGACGCUACAACGAUCGCGACAACUUUAACCGGGGCGGAGACUACAAUAGGCGCAGCGGGGGCGGUGGAGGCGGUGGUCGCUAUCAGAACGAUCGUCGUGGCGGUGACUUCGGCAACUAUGGGCGUGGCGGUGGCGACCGGAGCUACAAUGGUGGCGGCGGCGGCGGCGGCGGCGGCGGCUACUCCGGAGGCUAUCAGAAUGGUGACGGUUACGGAGGCGAUCGGCGCGGAGGGGACAACUGGCCGGCGUACGGUGGUGGUGGCGGUCGUGGCGGUGCGCCCGGCGGAGGACCACCUGGUGCCGGUGGCCGUGAUCGGGGCAUGGAGGGUGCUGCCCCACCGAUCACCGGCAACGAUCGCUGGCCCGAGCCGGAAACGGCGGGACAGCAGCAACAGUCACCGCAGCCACCGAUCGGUGGCGGGGAAGGUGGCAGCAAUGGACGCGGAUUCUAUGACCGAGGAUCGAACGGCGGCGGCGGCGGUGGAGGAGCGCCUGGGGGCGGUGGAGGUCGCUGGCCGACGAGCGAUCGACGAGAUGGUGGACGUGACGGACGCGGCGGCGGUAGCGCUGGCGGCGGAAUGGGCCGCGGUCAGGUGGACUACACACAGCUCACGGAGCGCGACGAGCGGAUGGAGGGGGAGCUGUUCAAACACGGCAACACCGGUAUCAAUUUCAGCAAGUACGAAGAUAUUCCCGUGGAGGCGACGGGCGACGAUGUGCCUGGCCACAUCAACACGUUCGACGACAUUGAGCUGACAGAGAUCAUCGAUAACAACGUGAAGCUGGCGCGCUACGACAAGCCGACGCCGGUGCAGAAGUACGCGAUCCCGAUCAUUCUGGCCGGGCGCGAUCUGAUGGCGUGCGCUCAGACCGGGUCAGGCAAGACGGCCGCCUUCCUGCUGCCGAUCUUGAACCAGAUGUACAAGCACGGGGUGUCGGCGCCGCCCCCGAAUCGGCCGGUGAACCGCCGCAAGCAGUACCCGCUCGGGUUGGUGCUGGCACCGACGCGCGAGCUUGCGACGCAGAUCUUCGAGGAGUCGAAGAAGUUCUGCUACCGCUCGCGCAUGCGCCCCGCCGUCCUGUACGGUGGCAACAACACGCACGAGCAGAUGCGUGAGCUCGACCGCGGCUGCCACCUGAUCGUGGCCACACCCGGUCGGCUGGAGGACAUGAUUACGCGCGGCAAGGUUGGGCUGGACAACAUCCGUUUCCUGGUGCUGGACGAGGCGGACCGGAUGCUCGACAUGGGUUUCGAGCCGCAGAUUCGGCGCAUCGUCGAGGACAGCAAGAUGCCAGUGACGGGCGAGCGGCAGACGCUCAUGUUUUCGGCCACCUUCCCGAAAGCGAUCCAGGAACUGGCGAGCGACUUCCUGUACCGCUACAUUUUCUUGGCGGUCGGGCGCGUCGGUUCGACCUCGGUCAACAUCACGCAGACGAUCUUCUGGGUGGAGGAGAACAUCAAGCGUUCUCACCUGCUCGAUCUGCUGUCGACCAUCACGGUGCAGAACGAGGCCGACGUAGCGAACAGCUUGACGCUGAUUUUCGUCGAGACGAAGAAGGCGGCCGACUCGCUGGAGGAGUUCCUGUACGGGUACGAUUAUCCGGUCACCAGCAUCCACGGCGAUCGCACGCAGGACGAGCGCGAGGAGGCCCUGCGGCUGUUCCGGUGCGGCCGCUGUCCGAUUCUGGUCGCAACGGCCGUCGCAGCCCGCGGUCUGGACAUUCCGAACGUGAAGCACGUCAUCAACUUCGAUCUACCGUCCGAGGUGGAGGAGUACGUGCAUCGCAUCGGUCGUACCGGGCGCAUGGGUAACCUCGGCACGGCCACCUCGUUCUUCAACGAGAAAAAUCGCAACGUGGCGAACGGCUUGGUGCGAUUGUUGGCCGAAACGGGACAGGACAUUCCCGGCUUCCUGGAGGACAUGACCAACAGCCGCGGGUACGGGGGCGGUAGCCGUCGCGGUGGUAGCCGCUACCCAGGAGCACGCAGCGGUGGCUCCUCGUUCGGCUCGCGAGAUUACCGUCAGCAGAACACCACGCGUCCGAGCGCCGGAUCGCGCGAUCAUCGUCCGGCCGGUGGUGGUGGCGGUGGUGGCGUAUCGCGUGGCUACGGUGGUGGUGGUGGUGGUGGCGGUGGUUACGGCGAUCGUGAUGAUGGCUACGGACGCAAUGGCAUGGGCGGCGGCAACUACGGUGGAAGCUACAGCAACAACGACAGCAACAGUGUCGAUUGGUGGGGCGACGGCCACUGAAAUCGCCCGGCAAGCAGCACUACUUCCGGCGCGGUGUGUGUCCCCGGAGCGAACGACGACAGUGCAACAGUAACAACUACACAAUGCUAAACUAGUACUAAUAAUUGUAGCCUCCCACACCCACGCGGUAUGCAACCACACGCAAAUACACGUACAAAACACACAUACACACUUACACAGACACACCUUCCCGGCCACUCAAGCACCUCCGGGUAAACCGCCGCGACGACGCAACACCGGGAAAGACGAAUGAUGGUGGCCAAUGUAGUCGACGAUGUAAAAGAAGCAGUCGGAGAAGAAUGUAAUGCGAUAAAAAUAAUAUCUAAACUCUUCUAAAAUGUGAGAAAAACAGAACCGCUCGUUCGCGAUACGUACCCGGUACCGGGCCAAGAUCAUCGAAAUGAAGUCCUUUUUACUAGAUCUUUGCGUGACUAGGUGACAACAUACAUUUACAGAGAAAGAAAGAGAGAGAGAGCGCCCGACAUCGGCAAAAUGGGCCGGAAGCGGCGCUACUACGAGAACAGUAUAUGCAAAUGUCAUCUCCUGACGAUGGCCACCGAAGUGAUGGGAUGAUAAACAAAGGAUAGAUUUAAAGGAGAAAUGUGGCGCGUGCGCCCCCCUCAUUUCCAUGAUUUUCAAGAUCGUCAACCAUACAGUAAGGGCUAAGUGUAGCAACUUCCACUACUGCCGCGCGCGGAUCUGUCACAACAAAAUAGAAGACGACGAUAGAUAAAGGGAACUGGAUUAACAACCCACUAUAUUAUUGCUGUCUCACUCCUAGGGUAUGAAUAGAGAGCGUGCGAGAGAGAAAGAGAGAAGAGGUAAAAACACUGAAAGAACGAACGACGACGGCCAAUAGAUUUAAAUCUGCCGCUUGGAACGGUCGGGGCAGCACCACCACACGUGUUUGUUAAGCGGAAGCAGGACUCUCCGUUUCACAACAGUCCGUUGAUAGCAUGCGUCAGAGGCCAAGCAAAGUGAUAGCGAAUGUGCGGUGGGUAAUGGGCCACAGGCGUGGAUAAGUUCCUCGGUGCAACGAGUUUCUAGGACUCCACGCAAAAUGGACGGAAAUUGUGGGUAACACGAUGGGUGGGCCCACGCCCACAGUGGCUGGCCCGCCAAGCGAUCAAAACGCCGAUUGAAAAUGUAUCGAGAGAAUGAGACUUAAUUGUGCGUGAAAAAAUAAACUGUAGGAAGGCGUCAGAUCGCCCGACGUGUGUGAUCUAUCAACGUGCACGCGAAACGCAAGUGCUCCGGAAACCGGCCGAUUUCCCAACACCGUUGCUUUUUAACCGCUGCUCCAAUCGCCAAUAUCGUCGUUCACCGAGGUGUGUGCGUGUGUGGUAUCGAAUCUGAGUUCCGGAAGAAAGCGUAAUUAAAACUCGUUCAAACCGCGAAAGUUUAGCAUUAUUUUGCGUUGUGGCCGCAUAGGCCUCCGACGGUCGAUCGCGUGAGCAGAGGAGAGAGAUCGAGUCACGAAGAUUAAGGUGCACCGUGUUUUCCCACGUACACAACCACUACCAAGACACUUGCGCCUGCGAAGGCGCUCCCAAACACCGGCAGCAGCAUAGAAAAAUGAAAUAAAAUGACCAUAGCACAGGGGAAGCUAUCCCUUCUCUCUUUCCGAAAGGAUUGUCCUUCCGUCGUGUGACCCGUCGUGGGGCAAUCUGCCAAUGCACCAAUGAUAGUAGCUGUGUGUAAAUCUCGUGAUCAACCACAAUCGGAAGGAAUCCAAGGGGUGGAGCGGGAAAUCAAACAAAAUUCGCUCCAACAGGGUACGGAUCCGAACUUGACCAUGGUUAAGUAUGAUGAACUGCGCAAAUUAAAAUACGAUCUACACGGACGAGUUAGAGCAAAGGGUGUGCUACGGCGCAUGGGAGUAGGGCAAAGAUCAUCACACGGCGCGUGCUAUAGGUCACGGUACACCAACAAAACUGUAGCGAGGACGCGCCCAUGGUUAUAUCUUAUGAUGAUGGAUGAUCUAACUCGUAGCGUACGGGGCGGUUGGGUAUGGAAUGAUGAUAAGAAAUAAAGAGAUUGCGUAU